GUCGUCUAACCGCUGACUUCAUUUGUAGUAGCCAUACAGGUACGCAGUGCACGUGGUAUUGUUCUGACCAUGACAUUUUUUGCUGCUCGACAUGUAAAGAUUCAGAUCAUAGAUCAUGUGUUGGAUUAAAGCAAGUGAUAUCGGAAACGUCUUAUGGGAAACGGAGCAGUCUUGCCGUUAAUCGUAUGAUAGGAGAGUAUAAUUUACAGAUAAAGAAUCGUUUGAUUAACAGAGGCGAAAAUGAUAAAGACGACUGUAGAAUAAGGAGUAUUCGUAUGCUUCCUGAUGGUAACAUUCUUCUACUUGAUGAGAGUAACUUGAAGCUGAAAAAACUGGACAUUUCGUACAACGUGGUCAGUCACUGUGAUAUUUUCCCUUUGUCUGAUUCUAGUAGUUGGAUUGACGUGUGCUAUAUAGGUAACGAUAGAGCUGUUGUCUGUUGUGACAAUGGUAGAAUUCAAUAUGUGAAUGUAUUGGGUAAGAUGAAGCUUGAUCAUGAUGUAAAGCUUGACCACAACUGUUUAGCUCUGGCUUGCCAUGGUGAUACUCUCUAUGCCAGCGGUGGUGACGCAAUAUAUACCUAUACCAUACACUGUCAGGGAAAACAUCUUCUUUACAACAUAAAAGUAACAGACCCGUUGUUCUCGUCCCGUAUUGCUAUCAGUGAUGACGGUGAACGAAUUUAUAUUGCAAACGGUACAGAAGGUCUUAUAACAAUAGAUAACAAAGGAAACUGUCUGUUCACUUUAAAGCCUGACACGUGGUACCUAAUAUCAGAUGUAUGCGUUGUUGGUGAUGGUACUUUACUUCUAUUAGACGGUCUAGCAAGUGUGCAUCAGGUUGAAUAUAGCGGUAAACAAGUUCUGGGAACAGUUGUUGAUCAGUCAUAUAUUUUAUCUGUGCCAACCUCGUUGUGCUUUGAUAGACAACGCUGUAGACUAAUUGUUUCGACAAAAGGGAGGAACAUUGUAUAUGUCUUUAUGCUACAGCAUCACAACAGCGAAUUAACGUACUGGAUGUCAGAAAUAAAUAAUUAAUUUUUUCCCCUCUGUUUAAACUACAACUAAUGCAUUCAUUGCCUUUAGAGUGAAGAAUGUGUUUAAGAUGAACAACUUAACACCUCGCCUCUCUGAAAUCCACGAAAAAAACAACAACAAAGUUUAACUCAGUUAUAAAAAGACUUUAUAGAUUAUUAAUGAUAUUCAUGCACUUAUUAUUACCAACCAGCCAUUUAUUAUUACCAACCUCGCUGUUUUGUUCCCAAGGCUAAAAAAAUACCUUUUUGGUCGAAAAUUUGUGCUGCGCAAACACCUCGGUUCUGCAAUAUUCCAGUCUCUUCAUAGUAUACCUAGAAAAGACUAUGAAAAUGCCUUUAAAGAUUGGAUUAGAAGACUGAAACUUUGCAUAUCUCUGUUGGAGGUGAAUACUUCGAGGGGACCAAAUAAAAUUUUCAAUGAAAUCUAUCAAGGAUACAUUUUUAUGUGCUUAGAUGCAUUCACAUUUGAACAAUCCUCGUAGGACAUGCAAUUACUUUCUAUAAGAUUAAGUUGUUUCGUUCGCAAGAGAUAAGAUGUCGAGCCAAAUCGCAUACAAUCAGAUCUCGUGUGCACGACAUCCUAUCUCAUGGUAACACAAUUUUAUCUCGAGUACUUCACAUAUUAUCUAAAGUACAGGAAAUCUUAUCUCGUACGCGCAACAUAUUAUCUCGUGCAUUCGAUAAGUCACCUCAAUCGCACAGCAUCUUUAUUAUAUCUUAUCUCAUAUGCACGACAUCUCAUCUCGAGCGCACAUCAUUUUAGCAUUUGUAAAUUAGCAUUGCUCACCGGCCUUCAAUAGGCUCAUUUAAAUACUACAGUGAUUUAUUUCUAUAAUUUUAAUUGUUAAAAAAUUAAAAUUGUCUGGCAAAAAUGGUUACAAAAUGCGUUUUAUGAUCGUCACCUAUGCUCAGUACAACUGAGUGAGUUGGGUGGGGGUCCUGUUCCCAAGUGUCUGUGUACGAGUUUGCUCUACAUUCAUGUAAGAUGUCGUAACCGCGAGAUAAUAUGUCGUGCAACCGAGAUAAAAUGUCAUGACCACGAGAUAUGAUGCCAUGCUCUCGAAGAUGAUGUGGUCACGCGCGAUAAUGUUAGAUGACUCACGUGCAGUAAGUUAUGACUAAAUGCGUAAAUUCAUACGUUACUAGAGUGAAACAGUGCUUAAAGAAAAGCCCCGUUUUACUCUUUGUCUUCUACUAGCUGAAAAAUAUAUCAUGCAAGAAAAAGAAUGUAACACUAGCUUAAGGUGCAGAUAUCAAUUAUAUCUGACCCUCGGGUACCCUGUUUUUCGGUAACUCGGCAGCGUUACUACCUAAACAGUUCCUCACUUUCAACAGAUGAAAGAUUCUAUAAUCUGUUGGAUGUUUUAACGAUUUAACAUUUAUUUAUUUACCUGUUCUGGGUCUCGCAUGCAGAAUUGAUAAUUUGGACGUGGGGGCCUGGAGUGAUGAUGAUGAUGCACUUUGUUGUUGGUGCUGUUGCUGUUGCUGUUUAUGAAAAUAAAUACAUGUCCUAAAUAAAACUCCAUACAUACAUAUAUUAUGAUAGAAUAUAUUUUGUACAGACCUUGAUAUAGAUUUGGGCAAAAUACAGCUCUCGUGUUAUUUCGUAGAAAGCAAAAUAAUCUAUACAUUUGACAUAAUUGCCUAGUAAUACGAAUACCUACUAAAUGGUGCUUUCCUUGUAACAGUGUGAGGAUCGUGCUGAUCUGGUGUUAGACCGACAAGUAAGCAACGACAGAGAUCAAUCGAAUAGUCUGUUUUAAGAGUAAGGUCAAGGCUUAAAAAAAUCGAACAUCACCAAAUCAGAGAAAGAAAAUGUUGUUUACCAUUAAAAUUGAACAGCAUAUAAAUAUAUAUUACAUUGGUCUACAACAGCAUCAUCAUUUUACACACAUAUAUAUUGAAUUUUGGACAGGGACUGCAUGAAGGCGUCAUAUGUCUGGACAGUUCACCGCCUUUAAAAGCUCACCAGUUUUAAAGAACUGUUACAUGUCUUCUCUUCGUUAUACAAUAAUGUUCUAGUGGUUAAACUUCACAUAGCUAGGUUGAACAUCGUUACUUUCACUUCUUUACAAAUGGCUUUAUUUUAUUAAAGGAUGUUGGUAAAAAUGUUGCUCCGUUUAACAAAUAUUUCUGUAAUAUUGGUGAUAUACUGCUAAACCUUAAAACGUGAACCUAAAACAAUUACAACUGUCGUCAUUGUCAAGUGGAAAACGUUUAGGUGAAAUGACGUGCUUGCCCUAUUCGUUCUACGCUUUAUAAAUGUAUGCUGUUCAAUAAAUCAAUGGCUUUUAAAAAUUGUGUUAAACGUAAAUACACGUAGUCGUGGGAUAGAAUUCUUGUUAUUUAUGUUCUUUAGUGUAUUUGGUUUAUAUAUGUAUUAGUUAUUCCAGUUUUAUAUUUCUGUCGUACGAACUCUAUUGAUAUCCAAUAACAUGGAGUCAAUUUUAAAUGAUACUUUAGACGUAGUCAACUAAAUUUACCUCCAUGUCAUAUGUUUGCACUGAUCUUAUAAUGUUGCAAGUUAGCCUGUAUUGUUACAUAAUAAACUAAC